AUGGCUGCCCCACGAGAUGUUGUAUGCAGGCAAGGAUAUACAUCGCUGAAAAGCAUCGUCGUGGUCAUCGUGCCCGUGUGCAUGCAAAUCGAUGACCACGCUGCGAACAUGUCUCGGUUUCUCAGCCAAUGCAGUGCUCUCACUACACACGCCCUGAACCCGCCACCACUCCACAGCGCAGCCUUCACAACCUCAGCCACACAAAGGAAGGGACAAGACAUUUGGAACAAACCCAUCAUCGAAGAUCCCAACAAACUACAAUAUGCUGCAUUCGUGAAGGCACUGCACGGAAUAAACCCCGGAAGAAAGCUCGUGAAGCACACAGUGGAUCAGGCUUUACUCCGUGCAUUUGCUCAAUACCUUGGUGUCGAAGAUUGGCAGAAGCUGGAGAAGAGUCUCCGGAUCGCCAGCCAUGUUAAUAGCCAGCGGGUUGUGCAUCCGGAGGCUAGGGCCUGGCGGGUCCUUAUGGGCGAGUCCGCAAGGUAUUGGGGCCAGGGAGGCAGAUACCUCAAAACGCCACGCUGA